UGCACUCACAGAGGUCCAUCUCUAGCGUGAGAAUGUAAACAAAGCAGUCAGGUGGCAACGCUGCAAUCACUAAAUAAUCUGCAUAAAUAGUAAUACAAUUGGCAAUAUUUUUAUCGGUUUAAGUAAAUAAUAGGAGUGAUAAGCAAUUAGCGAAGCUCAAACCAUAGCAUGGCUGAUCGAGCUAUCAAGCUGCUGGUGAUCGGAGAGAGCGGCGUGGGCAAGUCCAGUUUGAUACGUCGCUUCGUGGAGAACAAGUUUGAUAUGAACCAUGACGUCACGAUUGGCAUGGACUUCAAGAGCAAGGUGAUGAACGUAGAUGGCAUAGACUACAAGGUGGCCCUCUGGGACACAGCGGGCGCCGAGAGAUUCCGCAGUCUGACACCCAGUUUCUACAGGAAAGCUCUGGGCGCCAUUCUGGUGUACGACAUCACCAACAGGGACAGCCUGGUCAAGCUGGAGACCUGGCUGGCCGAGCUGGACAGCUACAGCGACAACCCCAACAUUGCCAUCAUUGUGGUGGGCAACAAGAUCGACCAGGAGCGCGUGGUCGAUCGCGAAGAGGGUCGCAAGUUUGCCAGAAAGCACAGGGCCCUCUUCAUCGAAACCUCGGCCAAAUGCGAUCAGUUCGUCAGCGAUGUGUUCAAAGAUGUGGUGGAGAAGAUCGUCUCCUCCGAAUACUUCAACAAUGGCAAUAGCUCCGCGGGUCUGGACAUCGCCAGCGAUCGGGAUCUGGAGGCAAGCGCGUCCACGUGUUACUGUUGAUUUCGUAUGCUGUACGUGCUUUUUGUCAAAUUUAUUUCGUGUAUUUAUUUAAUCGUUUCAAUAUCACUAGCAUAAACUCAAUCUUAAUGUUCAAUCGUGUACUCCUAUCUGAGCAGGGAUAAUGAUUCACUUUGUUUGCCAGGGACAGCUCAAUCUGAGCAAUAUCUUUCUAUUAUUCCUGUAUUAACUAAAGCUAAUUGGUAAAUACUUAUUCUACGCGGGCACACACCAAUAUUUAUUAUAACACAUGCUAUAAUAGCCCACUUUGCACACAUCUGAUACAAUUGCAGCAAGCAUUUUAUCUGGCUUUUGAUUCCUGCACAACUCUCAUUUGAUGGCAUUUCGUCUUUCGGACCAGUCAAAAGUCUAGUUCUGCAUUUACUUUUCAUUGUUUUAUUGAAAUGAGGAAAGUUUUCCAUUUGCGUUCAAGAACGCAACAAAUAAAGAGGAGAAUUGGAUCAGAGACCAA